AUGCAGAUAUUGGUAGAUACCGGAGCUACCAAUACUUUCAUCAAUUAUAAAACUCUAUGCCUGAUUCAACCUACUCCACAACUGCUUCAACCCUCAGCCUCUUUCGUUCUCGCUGAUGGCAUCGCCCCUUUUCAAGUUCUAGGCACAGUAAAGUUAGACAUUCUGUUUUCUGAACAACCGACAUACAUAGUUGCGCACGUUGCUCAAAACUUAUGCACUGACGUUAUCCUCGGAAUGGACUAUAUUACUCAAUAUAAUCUUAAAUUCAACCUCCGUAUGCGCACAAUUACCAUUGAUCUCGAUAAUUGUCAGUACGAGAUGCACAUUGCUCAAAAUGUGAAUACGGAAUAUAUCCCUGUGCGAUUAUCGCAUAACUCAUACGUUCGUGCCCACUCAACACGUUCAGUUAAGGUUUCCACUCCAGUUGCGUCUAUCAGUUCACAAUUCAUUCCAGACUAUAACUUUUCCUUAUGUAACACAGCAUUUGUGCCACAUAAAUUCCUUCAAUUUCGUAAUCAUACAUCUAAUGUCACUUUCUCCAACACAUCUUCGGACACACAGUUUAUCCCACGUGGGACCCAUAUAGGUUAUUUGUGUAAUUACUCCAUUCCACUCGCUUCCCAUAACCCUACCCGUCAGGUCUAUCAGCCAUGUGGUGCCACCGAACUCGUUGGUGAGUCACCAGUUUGUCAUGCCACUGAUACCCAUACCACUAUGGCGGUUCCCUUACCGCUGCCAAUAUCCGUCAUCAUUGAUGCGAAUAUCAGUCCGCCAUUGACGGACAACAUCCAUCAACUUGUUAGCACAGUUGACAUAUCGCACCAACGUGAGGAACUCCUUAAUCUUCUCUAUCGGUUUCACGAAUUAUUCGAUAUAUCUAAACACAACAUAGCCGACACCCCCAUACAUCAUGUCAUUAAUACGGUGCCACAUUCACCACCAGUCUGUAGGCCAUAUCCACAUCCGGAUACAGAUGAGAUUCUAUACGAUAUGGUUCAAGAAUAUCUAGAUGCUAAUCUAAUUUCGGAAUCUCAUUCUCCUUACGCGGCACCCGCGUUUUUAGUUAAGAAACAUGAUGGUACCUAUCGCUUUGUUGUCGACUAUAAAAAACUGAAUCUCAUCACCAUCAAAGACUCUUCACCUUUACCUAACAUGGAAGACACGAUCAGGAAGCUUGGUGAAGGCUAUAAAUACUUUUCCAAACUGGACUUAAAGUCUGGUUUCUAUCAGAUCCCCAUAAGAGCGGCUGACAAAGAGAAAACGGCCUUCGUAACGCCCUUCGGUCAUUUUCAAUUCAAUGUUUUACCCAUGGGUCUAAAAAACUCGCCACCUACAUUUCAGAAAGUUAUGAAUAAUACGCUAGCUCCUUGCCGUCAAUUCGCUCUCGUCUAUUUAGACGAUAUCAUUGUCUUUUCAAAAACCUAUGAUGAUCACCUAUCACACCUCGCACAAGUAUUUCUCGCUUUACAGAGCCGCCAUUUCGUGCUGAACCCUCCUAAAUGCGAGUUACUCGUCACAAAAAUUGAUUACUUAGGUCAUACAAUAACUGAAACGACUGUCACCCCAUUGCGCGAGCGAAUACAAACAGUGCUCGAUAUGAAAGAGCCUCGUCUUCUAUCUGAAGCCAAUAAAUUUCUUGGCGGCCUCAGUUGGUAUCGAAAAUUUCUUCCUAAUUUUGCUAGCGUAGCAGCUCCUCUUCACGCCGUCACUAAUCUCACGAGAAAGAAUCGCCAUAAGUUCCGAUGGGGCUUUGCGCAAUCGCGAGCCUUUCAACAUCUCAAAGAACUAUUGAUAUCAGAACCACUAUUUCUACACUAUCCCAUUCCGAAUAUACCUGUCAUCUUGUCCACUGAUGCUAGCGGAGUAGGUAUCGGCGGAGUCUUACAACAGGAGGUAGAUGGGCAGUUACGUAAUUUAUACUACCACUCACAGCUACUCACACCUGCCGAACAAAAAUAUAGUACAAUUGAGAAAGAGGCUCUCGCGAUCUAUAAGUGUUUCGUUCGCAUGCGACCUUUUUUGCUCGGGCGCGAAAUCAUUGUCAUGACCGACCACUGUCCGCUUUGUCACCUUAUGACUAAAACAGUGAAUAAUGCCCGAGUCGAUCGCAUAACUCUGCUAAUACAAGAAUAUAAUAUAGAAAAGGUUAUCCAUAUCAACGGUCGACACAACUGUCUACCUGACUACCUGUCUCGCUUUCCACGCGAACAGUAUGAUGAUCUUUUUGACGUGGAAUAUGGCCUUCGUAGCCACACGGUGGAGCAGUCUUCCACGACUCAUACAAAUAAUGUCGUAGCCAGUAUGGUCUUACGUCCGCGCGUCAAUGGCAAGGUGUGCGUCGCACCUCCAACAACACCUAAUUCCACAUCUAGUCAUACUUCGGAUCCUUUCUUUAACACUCACCUUGAUUCUAAUUUUUCUACGAAUAACUUUGAUGUCAUGAAAUUGAAGGAUGAACAGGAGAAAGAUCCACUUAUUCAACAAUACGUAGUCCAGCUACGCUCUAAUCCGCAAGAUACACCGUUUAUAUUACGGAAUGACCUUCUCUACAAACUUAUUUCUCUUUCUCGCAAAUCUAAGCGUAAGACGGAAGUUCUAUGUUUACCCCACUCUAUGAUUUUUUCCCUUCUACAAGCGUGCCAUGAUGAUCCUAUGUGUGGCGGUCACUUCUCGCUGGAUCGAACGUAUCAUAAACUAAAGGCUCACUACUGGUGGCCUAAUAUGAUUUUUUCUAUCCGACAAUAUAUACAAUCUUGUCAGCUGUGUCAACAAUUUAACGUUAGUCGUCAAAAGAAACCGGGUCGCCUUCGUACGGCUCCUCCUCCCGACGGCCCUUUUCAGAUCAUCGGUAUCGACUACUGUGGUCCUCUCAAUAGGACCCCUCGCGAGAACCGUUACGUAUUAAUAAUCACCGACUAUUUCACUCGUCAUGUCGUUGCUAUUCCCCUCCCCAACUGUUCUGCCACGACUACCGCUGAAGCACUUUUCAAUGAGUACUUUUGCAAAUUUGGCGUCCCUUGUGUAAUUGUCAGUGACCAAGGCAGCCAUUUCCACAAUCAGCUCAUGCAUGAUAUGCGUUCCCUAGUCGGUUUUAAUCAUAUCUUCAGUACAGCGUAUCAUCCCCAAACCAACGGAAUCGUUGAANAUAUCAAUGUUUUCCAUUAG